AUGUCGGACGAACUCUCAAACCUUCCCAAAUCAAACACCCACAACACCAAGAUGUCUGCCGAACGCCUUUUCCAGCCACUCAAGGUGGGCUCUAUGGAACUCAAGAACCGCAUCGCAAUGGCACCUUUAACACGGUUCCGUGUUAACGACAACCAUGAGAUUCUGCCCAUGGCUGCACAAUACUACGGACAGCGCGCUGUCGCACCAGGAACUCUCCUCAUUACGGAAGCUACUCUGGUUUCGAAACAAUCUGGCGGUUACGCCAACGUACCCGGCAUUUACACACAGGCCCAGAUCGACGCAUGGAAACCAGUCACCAAAGCUGUGCAUGAGAAGGGCUCGUACAUCUACCUCCAGCUUUGGGCCCUUGGACGUGUAGCGAACAAGGAUUUUGCGCAAGCGAACGGCAUUACCGUCAAGUCCUCCAGUGCAACAUCCCUAGGCGAGGGUUACGCAACUCCUAAGGAGAUGACUGUCGACGAGAUUAAGCAGAGUGUUUCCGACUAUGCUCAGGCAGCUAAGAACGCUAUUGAAGCUGGCUUCGACGGUGUAGAAAUCCACGCCGCGAACGGCUACCUCAUUGAUCAAUUUUUGCAAGACACUUGCAACAAGCGCACAGACUCAUACGGCGGCUCCGUCGAGAACCGCUCCAGGUUCGCCGUCGAGGUUACUCAGGCUGUUUCGGAAGCCGUGGGCGCGGACAAGACCGGUAUCCGGUUGAGUCCUUUCUCAGAGUUCCAGGGAAUGAAGAUGAAGGACCCUAUUCCCCAGUUUACUGAUAUCAUGAAGAGACUGGAUGCAUUCAACCUGGCCUACCUCCACCUUGUCGAGGCUCGCGUAUCCGGUAAUGCCGAUAUUGAGGGAUACGACUCCCUCAACCCCCUGUUACCCCAUUACUCUGGAAAGCUGCUCAUCGCUGGUGGGCUUAAGGCUGAGGAUGCAAAGAAGUUGGUUGAGGAACACAAGGACCGUGAUGUUGUAGCGGUAUUCGGACGGUACUUCAUCAGCACCCCUGAUAUUGUUUUCCGGAUAGAGAAGGGCAUUGAGCUCACUCCGUACGACCGCGACACCUUCUACGUCCCCAAGAGCGAGAAGGGAUACAUUGACUAUCCUUACAGCAAGGAGUUCAAGGAGGCGCACCCGAACUUGUAG